AUGUGCGUCACAAUCGAGGAUGAAACAGUUUCAAAUGAUAAGUCUUGGAGGUUAUAUUUUGAUGGGGCAUCCAAUGCUUUAGGACGAGGAAUUGGAGCUGUACUAAUUUCCCCGGAAGAUGUAUACUAUCCUUUUACAAGCAUAUUGGAGUUCUUGUGCACCAAUAAUAUGUCAGAAUAUGAGGCUUGUGCCAUGGGGUUAAGAGCGGCCAUGGAAAGGAAAAUUAAAGAGCUCAAAGUAUAUGGAGAUUCCUCACUGGUGGUGUACCAAUUGCGUGUAGAAUGGGAAACAAGAGAUCCGAAGUUAGUGGAAUACAAAAGAUUGAUCCUUGAAUUGGAGACGACAAUUCAGUCAAAUAGUAUUCUUCUUCUUCUUCCAUCUGGAGAGUCAUGUGGACAAACAGUUUAUACACCGGUUGCUUUUGUCAUCCCUGAUGAGUCCCCUGCCGCAGCUAUUCUACAUCUCUCUCUUCCAUUUCUCUCUGCAGGCACAAGGCGCAACAAUGGCUUCCAAAUUUCUGCAGCUCUAUGCCUUUUUUUGCAGGUCUCUCUGGAUCUUGUGAAAAGUUUAUAUGCAAAGUUUAUUGAUUGGGAUUCUGAGAUGAUAGAUUAUGAGACUGGUAUUCCUUCACAUGCAACGAACACAGCAAUAAGUGAGGACCUUGGACAAGUUGAGUACAUAAUGACUGACAAAACUGGAACACUAACUGAAAAUAGAAUGAUCUUUAGAAGAUGCUGCAUUAAUGGCGUUUUCUAUGGAAAUGAGAGUGGUGAUGCGCUGAAAGAUGAUAAGCUGCUUAAUGCUGUUGCUGGUAGCUCUCUUGACGUUAUUCAAUUUGUCACAGUUAUGGCUAUAUGUAAUAUUGUUAUUCCUAUAAAGAGCAAAAUCGGAGCCAUCUUGUACAAGGCACAAUCUCAUGAUGAAGAUGCUCUUGUUAAUGCUGCUGCUCAAUUGCAUAUGGUUUAUGCCAAUAAGAAUGCAAAUAUUCUAGAGAUCAGGUUCAAUGGUUCAAUAAUUAAGUAUGAACUAUUGGAAAUUUUGGAGUUCACUUCUGAUAGGAAAAGAAUGUCAGUGGUUGUUAAAGAUUGCCAGAACGGAAAAAUUUUACUUUUGUCAAAAGGUGCAGAUGAAGCAAUUCUCCCUUAUGCUUAUGAUGGGCAACAAACAAGAACAUUUAUUGAAGUGGUAGAACAAUAUGCUCAAUUGGGGCUACGUACUUUAUGCUUAGCUUGGCGUGAAUUGAAAGAAGAUGAGUAUCAAGAGUGGUCUUUGAUGUUCAAAGAGGCUAGUAGCACAUUAGUUGACAGGGAGUGGAGGAUUGCUGAGGUUUGCCAAAGAUUAGAACAUGAGUUUGAGGUUCUUGGAGUCACUGCAAUAGAAGACUGUCUACAGGAUGGUGUACCUGAAACAAUUGAAACACUCAGGAAAGCAGGAAUAAAUUUUUGGAUGCUGACCGGAGACAAGCAGAAUACUGCCAUACAGAUCGCCCUUUCUUGCAAUUUUAUUUCCCCUGGUCAAUUGGAAGGACUAGUUUUCAUGGUUCCUAAAUGUUUGAAACUAUGCUACUUGUAUGAUUUGUUGCUUGGAUUGAACAAAUACAUUUAUUCAAGUUCUCAUUUCUUGCAUCUCUCCACAUGCCUGCAAAUACUUCGUGUUGUUGACUGCUGGGACUGA